AUGUCCGCAAAGUCGAUCCUCGAAGCCGAUGGCAAGGCCAUCCUCAACUACCACCUCACCCGCGCUCCUGUGAUCAAGCCGACUCCUCUCGCGCCUCAGUCCACCCACAACCCACCCGCAAAGCUCGCAACCAUCACAUUCGCAGACGGCGACGAUGUCAACGGCGUGCUGGACGCAGCAGAGGCCAAAUACCCCUUCCUCUUAGCUCCAGGUGCAAAAUUUGUUGCGAAGCCCGAUCAGCUGAUCAAGCGACGAGGCAAGUCUGGGCUGCUCAAGCUCAAUGCAACAUGGCCAGAGGCCAAAGAGUGGGUUGCUGCUCGCGCAAACAAAGUCCAGAAGGUCGAGCAUGUCGAGGGUGCUUUGAGGAAUUUCCUCGUUGAGCCAUUCGUGCCUCACCCACAGGAGACUGAGUACUACAUCAACAUUAACUCCGUCCGCGAGGGCGACUGGAUUCUGUUCUACCACGAGGGUGGUGUGGAUGUUGGAGACGUUGACGCAAAGGCCGAGAAGCUCCUGAUCCCCGUCGAUCUGGCAGAGUACCCAAGCAACGACCAGAUCGCAGCAGGCCUCCUCUCACAAGUGCCCAAGGGUGUCCACCCGGUCCUCAUUGACUUCAUCUCCCGCCUCUACGCCGUGUACGUCGACUGCCAGUUCACCUACCUUGAAAUCAACCCUCUGGUUGCCAUUCCCAACGCCGACAAGACCUCUGCCGAGGUGCACUUCCUCGAUCUUGCUGCCAAGAUUGACCAAACUGCCGAGUUCGAAUGUGGUGUGAAGUGGGCCAUUGCACGCUCUCCAGCUGCUCUCGGAAUCCCAGUUCUCGCCUCGAAAGACACCAAGGUCCAGAUCGAUGCUGGCCCACCAAUGGAGUUCCCAGCUCCUUUCGGUCGUGAGAUGAGCAAGGAGGAGGCUUACAUUGCUGAGAUGGACGCCAAGACCGGUGCUUCCCUCAAGCUCACCAUUCUCAACUCGCAAGGUCGCGUAUGGACAUUGGUCGCUGGUGGUGGUGCGUCCGUUGUCUACGCCGACGCUAUUGCAUCCGCAGGUUUCGCAUCCGAGCUUGCCAACUACGGCGAGUACUCUGGCGCACCAACCGAGACCCAGACUUUCCACUACGCACGAACUGUCUUUGACCUCAUGCUGCGGGCACCUCAGCACCCCGAGGGCAAGGUUCUCUUCAUCGGUGGCGGUAUUGCCAACUUCACAAACGUCGCAAGCACAUUCAAGGGUGUCAUUCGUGCAAUUCGCGAAGUCGCGCCUCUCAUGAACGAGCACAAGGUCCAGAUCUGGGUCCGUCGUGCGGGUCCCAACUACCAGGAGGGUCUCAAGAACAUCAAGGCCGUCGGCAAAGAGCUGGACCUCAACAUGCACGUCUUCGGCCCAGAGAUGCACGUCUCUGGAAUCGUUCCAUUGGCGUUAGUUCCUGGCAAGAUGAACGACUCAAUCAAAGAGUUUGAGGCUUAG